AUGAGUAACCUGGAGAGACUAAAACAACGGUUGCAAGAGUCGUUAGAGAAACACAAAAAUAGGUUAUUAAGGACACGUUAUAAAAAGGCAAAUGGGUUGACGGAGGGUAAGAGCACAAAGAGUACCAGUUACACAACGGAAGAACCCAAAAAAAGUGACACAACGAAGAAUGAUAUGGCAAACUCGGGAAGUACAAAGAGAGCAACAAUAGGAAGAGAUAAGAAUCCUAGCAUAUAUGAUGGGCAUAAUUUAAAAGGCAGAUUGAACGCAAGGUUAGGGAGUGGACAGGUUCCUCAGGUGAGAGGGGAAAAGGAAAGCAACACACUGCACAGUCGUCCUUUGAAGGACAGGCUUAAUUGUAAAGCGAACUUAUCAACGGGUGUGAUACGAGCGAGUACCGGCACUUGCUUCCGUGAGGGCAACACAAACAGAGAUGUAGCAAAGGGGGUGAUUCCAGAUCAUAGAGCAGCUAAGCACGCUGUGGACGUGGAAGACACGAUACAGCAACACAACCGGGAGCACGGAAAUUUCGAUGGAGUCUCCAACGAAAUCAGAGAUAACCUAAACGACUUGUUCAGACAUUUUGUCAACUGCAAAAUUAAUAACCUAUAUGUUAUUCAUGGGGACCGCGGGAAGCUUCCUAGGGCGGAGUUGGCAGAUGAGGGUCCAGGGGUCAUGAUGAUUCCAGAGGUUGCGGCAACAGAACAGGUACAGGAGGGACUCACUGGAGAGUUGCUUGGUGAAAAGCAAGAACUGCAUCUUGCCUUCCCCGACGCUGAUGAAGUGCGAUGUGACAACCAUACGAGGGCGGCAGAGCAGGAAGGACUACACAGCCGUGUGUGUCAUGUCCAGGAUGUCCAAAGCCAUGUCCACGAUGAAGGUGGUACUAAUGGAGUCAGUGGAGACGAAGACACACGCAAGGAAACAAAACUGAUAGGAGGGAACGUCGCAAGGGAGGACACAAGUUCAGGCAUUAUGGCGGAUGGGACAGUAACCCGAUCAAGCGAAUUGGUGGGAGCAGGCGUCGGAAGUGGAAGGUACAAUAGCACUUUUGUCAAGCUAAUGGAAAUAAAGAAAAAAAUAAAAAAUAAAAUAAAAAAUUUCGAGGAUGAGGACAAGAGAAUGUUCUGCACGGACGAAAGGACUCUGUGCAAUUCGGACUCGUCCAAUGAGCAGAGGAGCCUACCAGUUAGGGAUGUCUCUACCUUCACGGAUGGUAACGUUGCUUCCUCUGCAAAGGGGUUUAACCAUUGGGGGGUCGUACACGUGGACUCUUCUGUGGCUUCCUGUGCCAGCAGCAACCAUGCAGUUUCUUCUAAGGGGGACAGCAUAGAGUUGUUCACGACACAAAAAAAUAUUUUCGUUUGCAAUUACUACACGAAGAAGUCAGGCAGGACGAAAGGUAGGCACAGGGACAGGAGACACGCGGGGAUCCACGUGCUGAGUGAUGCGGCAAAUUUUUUGGGCAGCGCAUUUUCCCUGGCUAGCCACUCCACUGCGACGUGCGAUGUGGGGUGGGGCGAGUUGGAGCAGAAUCAAUCAGGGAAGUGUCAAUCGAACAAGUAUGAGACUCACUUCAAUCCACAACAAUCGAACGCAGCCCGCACCUAUCUGCACGAGAAUAAGGGGGCAGCACUGAGGAGAAGCAGCACACAAGGCCGAAAGGUACUGAAGCGAACAGGAAGCCCCGUGAACAUGAUUCCGGAUCAAUGGAAAGAACGGCCACCACGAAGCAGAGAUAAGCACGGAAACACAAAGUAUGAAUUUAGUUCGUGUCCAUCGAGUUCAUGUUCCUACCAGAGCAACUGUUUAUAUCCCUCCAGAGGGAACGGAUUCAAAUGUUCGAAGGGUCAGGUUAGGAGAGGUAUCAGCAAACACAUGGAAAAACAAGCCAAUGGAGGAUGGAGCCUUGCACGGGAAACGCAUGCCACGUGGGACACCCCAGACAGGGGCACAGAACCUCAUUACACAAGUGUGAUUAGAUCCCUCGGUCGUAAACAAAGUGCAACCUGCAUGCAGGAUAGAAGCAAAUAUGAAAUGAAGAAUGCCAUGCAGUGUGAAAUCAACAUGUGCAAUGAACGUUCUGGUGAAUGCAAGGACGAAGCGAACCGAUUCGCUAUGUGGGGUAGGCCCACUGAGGAACAAGUACCUUGGACAGACGCAAACGUGCAGGCCACGUCACCUGUUCAGUGGAAACAAUGCAGUGGCGACUUUAGCCUUGAGACUGGCGAGCACUGCUUCGUUGAACUCAAUCGUCAGCGCAGCCGCCUGGGUGAUGAUCCCCGUGCAAGAGCACCUCUGAAAGUAAACAGGACGAAUCACAGUGCAACUCCCCCCCAGUUAAGUCCAAGUGCUCACCAGUCCUGUGAGAAACAAGCCAAAUGCUACAUAUGCUCAUUCCCUAUCCGCAACAGUGAGGAGAAAUUCAUUUUAAAAAAAAAAAAAAAGGACUACCACGUGGUGCGGAUGGAGCAGGAGGAUACAUCAUACAAGCAAAAUGAAUGCACACCGAAAAAUUGUUUUAGCAAAACCGAUUCGUUGUACCCUAGACACAGAUGUUCAGUGAGUAGUCUGGUCCCAGAGGAGCAUAUCCAUAGGGGGAUGCUCCCAGGAGACAUGCUUGCUCAUAAGGAAAGCACACACCAUGAGAAGCACAAAUUCCUCUCCAGACAAAGCAUCCAUGCAGGUUCUGCAACGUGCUCAUAUAUGCUCGAUCAGCAGGGGGAAGCAAAACAAAUGGAGACUCCCGCAGGGCACAUAGACAUUAAACACAAGGGUGUGCAGGUCCACCCCGGUCAACAUAACGGACAUGGGCAUCGUACUAAUUUGAGAUACCACUCAGUGAAGGAACAGGAGAAGGAACAUGAACCGGAUGAGCCCUCGUUCGUCAUGCACUCGAAUGAACCCACAUAUGGAUGCAAGUUGCAGGGUGAGGCAAGUCAUAAAAGGGAGGAAGCUAUUUGGGAUGGGGGGCCAGGCGGCUUCCCAUUACAAACAAGUGUCCAAGAGGAAGGCCUGCAACGAAAUACUCCCAUAUGUGCAGUGAAGAGGCACGAUGGAUUGAACAACGCAAGGAGAAUCAAUCAGUGGAGUCACAAUCCCCUGAGGGUUCCCCCACAUGAAAGGAGCUGUUCCAGACAAGAGCCUUCCCCUGCAAGGGUAGCAACCCCUCGUGAUAUGGACCACGUAAGCGACGCAUACAACACGUGGGUAUAUAAAGAAAGGGUAUCUGCGUCCGCCGCACCGGAUAUGGUUAGUAUAGAGAGUGUCGUCGUGAAUGGAAGUACACGAGCGAAGAAACCCAAGACUCUCUUCUGGAAGAUAAGCGAGGGGGACACGUUCACUAUUCCCGUCGAGGAAGACUCCGGGAAGAUCCUCCAGUUGAGGGGUCUUCUCGACGAGGGGCCAGCAAAAGAGCACCAGGGAUUUGGAACAGAGGGCGGUACAAACAGAAGGCGCGUUGCGUCCAACGGUGCCAUUUUAAAAAAAGUCCUGAGAAUGAAAAUGGAGGCCAUGAGAAAGGAACAGGGACACAUGGAGCCAAGGAACGUCACGCCACCGGUGGGCCCCACCAAGGUUGAACAUAACGCACAUAAUGUAUCACAUGAAGACAGGAACCGACUUAGCAAAUAUGAGAAGGGCGGGACACAUACACAUGGGGAGGCGACACGGAUGCACAGUGGGCAUGGUGAAGCAUGGGUGCGCGACAAAUUGUCUGGACGUAUGGGGGGAGCAGAUGGUUGUGGGGGGUCCACUGGCAGCAGGGAAACGCUCAGUAGAGGUACUCUGAAUGGAGGUACGCGCAAUGGUGACCGUCCAAUUAGGCUUCCCCCCUGCAGUCGCGUGGAGAGAGAACCCCCUCGUGAGAUGACACCCCGUGUCGGCAGUAUGCACGUGGAGGCCUCCCCCGUUCCGAGCGCAUCAACCCUGGAAAGGAUUCCUUCCUCGGUGAACACUCUCAAAAUGUACUCCCUGAGCAGCGGGCUGACCAGAAAUGCACCCGUCACACUGAAACGCGUGGGCACGGUGGGCCCAGACGACGAUGAGGACAAAAAAGGUGAAGAUAUUAUGGAGGUGCAACGUUUUAACGAGUCCUACUACUGCAACAUGAAACGAAUCAAGGGUGACGACGUAUACCCGAAUUCAGAGGAACCAAUUAGCACAUCCCAGAAGAGGAGGUUAAUGAAGGCAUAUCUUGAGGAUCUGAGGAAGAAGAAGCAAAACAAACAGUUGUUCAAUUAUAAGCUAAAAUAUAACAUUGAAUUCUUUAAGUUCGCUCAGUUUAUAUGUCAGGACAAGAAUUUCUGCAGCAACUAUUUGGGACAGAUGGGCAGCAACAUGGUUUCCAAUGGGGACGACAUCGACCGAAUCGCCUUUUCCAUUGUGAAACUGUUUAAUGCGCGCUGA